UGCAGGUUAAAUGACUAGUUAUCAGAAUGACAACAAAUAUAAUACUUUAAAAAAUUUUAUUUUCAACAAUAGUGUUUGAAUUAAGAAGAUACAGUGAGUCCAUAUGUAUAAUAAUAUAUUUAUGUGUAGCUGUAAAAUAAAAACUUACGUUUAAAAGUUGAAUUAAAUCAUUAAUUACAGUUUAAAUAUUUUAGGUUCAAGCAGUAUACAAUCAAGAUUAACUGUUUCAGCAGAAAAAAGCAGUGUAUAUCGAAAAAUAGUAGACUUGCAAAUGCUGAGAUGAAAGGAAACAAAGAGAUUUAUUCUCAAAACUUUUUGAUAGCCGAACAACUUUUACAAAAUAGAGGAAUUCGUUAUAAUACUGUGGAUGAAUAUGAGAGAUAUUCAAAUCUCCUUCCAAAAACUGGAAAAAAGCUUUUUGAACCUAAAUGUUCAUGGUUGGAGUGUAAACAAUUGGAGAAAGGUUUACAAUAUAGAAGUGAUUUAUUAGUUAUUGAAAGAGUUGAAAGAAAAUCACAAAUAGCGGUCGGAGAAUGGUUACCCGAUGAAGAAAAAGUACGAGUAAUCAAAAAAUCUGGACAAGAAUGGGCAAAUUUUGGCACCGAAGUAAAUUCGGUUCUUCUUUUGAAUCCUGAGGAAGCAUUGUCGUUACUUGAAAUGAACUCUAUAGAGCUUCUUUGGGAGAAAGUCCCAAUGUCUAUACAACAGGCAUAUGAUAUUUUGCUGAAUUUUGAUAAAUUUGGCUGUUCUUUAGAAAACUAUAAAGUUUACAAUCAAUUUGUUAGGUAUGGAUAUCGUCUUCUUCGUCAUUGUGGUAAUAAAUCAACAACACCAAGAGGAAUAAAUAAACAGUCAUUGUUCAGACUAAAACCAGUAGUUAUUUCGCCUCAUAAUGGCCUUCGAAAAUUUACUGAAUCUUUAGAAAUAAAUCUUAAAGGAAAUACAAGCAAUACUGAUAGAUCUAAGAAACAAAAUUCAGAAAUCUCUGACAAUAAUGAGAAUAUGAUUGACGAUUGUGUACAAGAAGUGAUGGAAAAUAUUGUCAUUCAUUUGGAGUCACAAAAAGGAUCCGAAAAUAAUUCUUCAAUAAAUUCUUUGAAUAAAAAUAAUGAAUUUGAAGAAAUUCCCAAUUCCACAGGAUCAAAAAAGAGGAAAGUUUUUAAAAAUGUCAAUAGACUAGAUACCAAUAAUCAAAAUAAAAGAAAGAAGAUAGAAGUUAAUAUUAAUGAUAAUGAGAAACAAGGACAAGAGGUGAUUUAUCUUUCUGAUGAUGAAAUUGAAGAAAUAUGUAAACCUAUAACACGGCUAGAAGUGUUAAAUCAGUUACCAGAUUUGGCUUCUCAAUCACUGAAAAUAACAUCUCGAAAUAUGAAAAAAUACUUACCAAGUAGUAUAAACUUACAGAAGGAUGUUUAUUACUUUGAUAAAAUAAAAGGUCCAAAUAUAAAUAGAACAGAUAAGAGUAAUAAUACAUCUCAAAAUAUAUCUUCUAAGAGAAAUUUUUAUUCAAGAAAGCAAAAUUAUGCAAAUCAAUGUGCAAUAUGGAAUUCAAAUGCACAAUUUAAAAACAAAUCUGUUUUACAUCAAAUAAACAGUCAAAUGAGAUUUCAUACAACACUGCAACGAACAAAUACGUUUUCAGAAUUUCGAUAUUUACAGUAUUAUAAUAAUUAUUUUUCCGUCAACAAGUGUAAUCGAAACGCAAUCGAACUGAUGAAUUGGUAUUUAAUGAGAAAUAUUUUUCCAUCUAAUUAUAGACCUAAUUUUUGUAAUCCAACUAUUGUUCCUAGUUCAAAUUUAUCUAAUAAUAGGGCUUGCACUAGACAAUGCCAAACAAAAGUUAGUUCUGUAAAUAAUGAUAGUAAUUAUAAUCGUGGUUCAGUGAUUGAUAAUAAAAAGGAACCUUCAACUUGGCAUCAAUUUAAAGAAAAAAUGCAAGACGAACAGACCAUAACCAUUGAUGAUGAAAAUUGUAAUGAAAAAAAAGUUGACGGACAAAAUAAUCAUCAUAAGAAUAUGAAACCUUUGAUACAUGUGAAAAGAAGUGCUUAUGCGUUUGAUGUUAAUGAUAAAAUAAAUUUGAUUAAACCUUUUUCAAAAAAAUCUCAUCAGAAAAAGAGUUAUGACUCUAAGAUAUCAUUCAACAUCUAUUCCAAUAAUGCUAAUUACAAAAAGUCGAAUCCUGGUUCUCCAAAUUGUCAGCUUCUUGUCGUAAAAGAACACCUUGGACAUUAUUUAAAUUCAGAGGAAGUGCAUUAUUCUCUAAUUGCAAAGGAUAAAACUCUUGUUCUUGCUUAUGUCACGAAAACAUCUAUAUCGUACAUACAUUUCGGAAAUGUAGAAAUUCCAGUUUUAAUUUAGAAAACACACAAUAUAUCAUGUAAUUUCGUAAGUAUAGAAAUUCUGGAUUUUAGUUACAAAAAAUUAUAUUUUAUAAAUAAUUUAAUGUAUGUUAUAACAAAUUUUAUUACAUUUCUUUAUUAAUACCAAAGCUUUGUAUGUUGAAUUCUAAUUAAUCAAAUACGUAAACCUACGUAAAAAAAAAAGUUUAAAAGUUGUAAAAAAUAGAAAUUAUUUUAAAAACUGAAAAUUUGAAAAUGCAAAAUAAAAUUUUUUUCUGUUUUUUCUAA